AUGCGGCACUUAAAAUUCAUAGCAAGGACCAUUUUCGUGCAGAAUAACGACGUGGAUGCGGCCUGCCGUACUUUGAACCGCAUUUUGGGCCGUGAAGAUAUUCUGGACCAAUUUAGAAGAACGAGGUUUUUUGAAAAGCCCCACCAGUUCCGCAGGAGGAUAAAUUUCGAGAAAUGCAAAGCUAUUUACAAUGAAGAUAUGGAUCGUAAGAUACAGUUUGUUUUAAGGAAAAACAGGGCAGAUCCAUUCCCAGGAAGUUUUUAG